CCUGCAGCCAGCCAAUGCGCAGUCGCGGCGGAGAAUUUCAAAUGUGGCUGCCAUACUCGUAGCCUGCGUCGCGCAGCGGGAGCCGGAGCGGGAGGCCGGACGAGCUCGCCCGGACCUGAGCGGCCAAGACAAAGAUGGUUAAGGAGAGGUGUCAGAAAAAGUCCUUUCAAGAUAGUCUUGAAGACAUUAAGAAGCGAAUGAAAGAGAAAAGGAAUAAAAACUUGACAGAGAUUGGCAAACGAAAGUCCUUUAUUGUUGCACCAUGCCAAGUACCCACUAACACUUCUACAUUGCUGAAAACUUACCAAGAUAACAACAGGUUAUUAGUUUUGGCUUUGGAAAAUGAAAAAUCCAAAGUGAGAGAAGCCCAAGAUAUCAUCCUACAGCUGAGAAGAGAAUGUUACUACCUUGCAUGUCAGUUAUAUACAGUCAAAAAGAAGCUAACUUCCCAACGAAGUGAAGAAACUGACCAGAACCCGAAAGGAUCUCUCUCAGAAGUGGUCUCCAGUAGUGACAUCACCAUCCGCGACUUGUCUGAGAAGACUUUACAGCAAACUGCUCUUGAAGAAAAUGGCUGGCCAUUCCAAACCAGAGAACCAAGUCCUGUUCCUCCAGACACACUGGGGAGUGAUUUUGAUUCAGGUAAAGUCAAGUCUACUGAUGAUAUCUUACCUAGGACUGUGUCUUUCCGUCGCCCCAUAAAGAAAGCUUUUAAUAAUGUAAGUCGCUCCCCUGCUUUGGAAGACUGUGAAGCCAAUCAUCGAGUGGGACAGUCUUUGGAAGUUAGAAGUGUGUGUAAAGACCCAGUUGUAACUCUGUACAGACUUGAAAAUGUAGAACAAAAUGUUUGUCUGUGGAACAAAGACCAAGUUAAUUUAUCCCCUAGACUGACUUGCCCAGGAAAGAGUGCUAAGACGAAAGAAGUCAUUUUGCCAUCUAAACCCGAACAAAUGAAAAGUAAGCAAAACCAUGCACUAAAAAGAAGAGCAGAGCAAAGAGGAGGCAACCAGAGAUGCAGAUCAAAACUCUCAGUGAGGUGCAAGGGCAGCAAAGGCAGAGAUGAGCACACUGUGCACCCCACAAAGUUGAGUGGUUCUGCCGGUGCCAGUGACGCAUAUGAUUUUAAUCUGGAAGAGCGAGUUCACCUCACCCCUUUCCAACAAAAAGGGAGCAAUGAUUCCAGUGGAGAGACCAACAGCAGCCACAGGGAAGGAAGUGCUUUGGAACUGAGUGCCUCUGAGGAUGAGUCUGACGACUCCUACCAGCCUCCUUACAAGCACUUGGAAGACCACAUGCGAGAGUCAGACAGACCAGUUACCAGGUCUCUGCCUAAAAGAGGACUCAAGUACAUGGAUGAAAAAGAUACAGAGAAGGCUACGCCAACCCAAACUCCUACCGAUAUCCCACCUGAGACUGAAGAGUCACCUGGUUGUAGCCUAAAGGAUGUCACAAAUAUCCUGAUGCAUCCUGUAGUGAAAAUUAGGAAACUGUCUCUGUCUCCAAGAAGGCGUAAAGACAGCCCAGCAGUGCCUCUGCCUAAGCGCAGGUGUACCACCAUCAUAAGCUAUAAAGAGCCAACACUCGCUUCGAAACUAAGAAGAGGGGAUCCCUUCACAGACUUGUGCUUCUUGAAUUCUCCUAUUUUCAAGCAGAAAAAGGAUAUGAAACGUAGAAAAAAAAGUACAAAGCUAACACAGUAACUCCUUUUGUUGGAUGCUAUCAAAGGAGAUUCUUCACUUUUGCCUAGUAGUCUGUGAGACAGUAUGUACUGGGCAGACCCAAUUCUUAUCUGGAUGUGCCUUAAACCUACACUUUGUAAUUGUGUGGAUUGCUACCAACAUCAAAAAUUUCUCUGGCAUCUUUACUUUUUCCUUAAGCAGGGGAAUUGCAGAGUUGAAAAUUUGUAAAGAUAAGAUAGUUCUUUCAUGAAUCCUUGACAUUACAGUAAGAUAUAAGUUGCUGAGAGUCCCUUAUUCUACUAUCAUAUAGAUCCUUUAGAUAAAAUAUAUAUAAAAUCAUGAUUAAGAGAAUUGAUGGGUUUAGUUCUGGGACAAGGUAACUGUUAUUAGAACUCUCAGUGUGUGUAAUAUCAUUCCUUAUUAGAAUGAUAACAUGUCGUGAAACCCAGGCUAGCUCUUAGUGUUGUCAAAAGUCUACAAAUUUGUGAAUAAUAAGGGUUUCUAGUUUUGAUCUAAGUACAAAAUGUAAGUAGCGCAGGUCAGAGAGUUGAACCUCUACAGGUGUGUAUAUAUUUCUUUAAAUUGAAAUCACUGUAAGUGGUCCAUUUUUGAAGAACAAUGAAGUAUGGCCAUUGUGGUGGCCACAAUAUAGCAUAAAGGCUGGCCAGGCAUAAUGGUGGCCAUUGUAUUUUCCUUCUACUCUUAACUGUCAAGUCAUUUUGAUUCCUUCCUUUCUGGCCUUUACCACUCCCAGCUCAGUUGUAUCUUCUGUCAUUUAUGUCAGCCUUCCCCUUCCUUUCACAUUAGAUUUGUCUUACUAACUUUUCCCACCUGCAGCCUUCAGGCCCAGAAUCAAGACAUUUCAAUUUGGGGCUCAGGAGUAGAACACUUGCCUCAUCAGGGCAAGACCCAGGAAUAAACCCUACUGCAAACAAUAGAUUUUUAGAUUUAUGAGAAGGGCCUUCCAGUGUUCAUCGCAGACUUUACCCACACCUCCAUGACUUCCUACAUUUCCCUUCAGUCACACUGAACGUUCUUCUCUGUCACUCUUGUGCAUCUAUUCUCCCAUCACAGUCUUAUUUUUCCAGCCACUCUCCUUUUUCAGUGCUGAAGACAGAACCCAGGGCCUUGUGUGUGGUAAGAGCACAGCCACAGUAGUCUACAGCCACUCCGCUUUAUCUUUUGUAGUGUCAUAGUACCUCGAGAGUGACCAUUUUAGCCAAGAAUAAACACAAGUUAAAGUCCAGUUUCAUCUCAGUGGACCUCACGUGGCUGUGAUUACCACAGUGCAUGCUGCACAGAGGUAGACUGUAUCCUGGUCCACAUUGAGCAAGGUGGCUUGUGGACCAUGUUUUGUACAAGCUAAGUUUAGUUUUUGUGUAUUUAAAAAGUUGAAAACAAGCCGGACGGUGGUGGCGCACGCCUUUAAUCCCAGCACUUGAGAGGCAGAGGCAGGUGGAUCUCUGUGAGUUCCAGGCCAGGCUGGGCCAACAGCCUCCAAAACAAUACAGAGAAACCCUAUCUCAUAAAUAAUAAUAAUAAAAAAAGUUGAAAACAAAUAUUUGGAUUAAAUUUGCUAUUUGGCCUGCAGCCCCAGAUAUUUAUUUCCUGGUCCUUUUUUCAAAAAACUUUUCCAUAGCCUGGUAUGGUAUGAUGGUUCAUGCCAGUAAUAUCAGCAGGAUCUUGUUUUGACCAACUGUAUUACAUGAUCUCAAAAGGCCAAAGAAUACUUCUCUACUUCCUUCUGUAGACACCUGAAUGUUCACUUCAAAGAUCUGUGUGCCUUGUGUCAGCCCUGAUCCUCACUCUAUGCUGGUCACUGUUCUUCCUAUUUUAGUUUGUGUGUUGCCAAAGCACACACCAAUCACUGUUGUCUUAAAACUGCUAGUAGACUUUUAGUCUUUUUCAUGUUUCUGUAUUCAUAGGCUGCUAAGGAUUUUGUGUCAACAUUUUUAUCUGAUAAGUGCUGUAUAUUAAAUAUAUGUGUAUAUUAAUAUGUAUAUACGUUGUGUAUACUGAUUUAUAAUUGACUAAAGAGUUUGAGACUUACCAUGUUGGUAGAUACGUUAUAUUUGUUGUACAAUAUCUUAAAAGUAAAUCAGACUAAUGCCUCUUUUUGGAAAUAGUUGCUGCUUUCUUGCUGUUUUAAAGAUUACAGCUGCAAUUACUA